ACGCGUAAGCGAUUAAGUCAAUACGUCAAACUAUACAGAAUUAUUUACGCGAACAGGUGCAUGAAAAUACAAUACACAAUGAACCACAACAAGAUAACAUCCAACCCGGCACUGAAAGAUCACAAACAGAUGGAAUUGAAUGAAGAAUGGAAUAACUUUAUGAAACGAAUCGGCGAAGUAUCGACCCUCGUUAAAGAUCUGGCGAGCGGUGACAAGGUCAAAUCGGAUGCCGCUAAAGUAAUAGCAGAUCAGUAUCUCGAAGGGAAAGUAAUAUUAGACGAAGACAUUAAAAUGACGAUUAAAGAAAAUCGUACCAUCAUCAAUCAAAAAGCAUUUAAGACACUCGAAAAGAAUGACACACAGGGAGAAGUGGACAAAGAUGCGUGGAUGGCAGAAGUAAGCAAGGAUGCCGAACGUCGUGCUUUAGAUAGAAAGAUACGCAAAGAAAAAGCGGAUACAUUAAAAACUCAAGCUACAAAAGCUUUUCGUCGAGGCGAAUACGACAGAGCCCUUUCUUGUUACAAUCGCGCAAUAGAGCAAGUCAAAGACAACGCUAUGUUGUAUUGUGACCGCGCAUUAACUAACAUCAAACUUGGAAACUUUGACAAGGUUUUUAGCGACUGUGAAUGGGCUUUAAGAUUGAACGAAAAUAGCUUUAAAGCUCGUCUAUAUAGAGCUAAAGCCUAUCAAGAAUUAGAAGAGGAUAAUAAAUUCGAAGAAUGUAAAAAAGAACUGAAAGAAUUAUUUCCCCAACAUGACGAUCUUAUUAACUACUUUCUUCGCAACAAUAUGAAUGAAUAUGACGAAGAUUAGAAUGCAAAUAUUAUUUAAAUGUCAUAAUGCUAUUAAAUGUUAUUCACUUA